AUGGCGUAUCUCAUGGACGACAAUGCGAUGCGCAUUUGCAUUCGUCCACGCCCAUGGCAUCCCGAGAAGGAACUCCCCUUCCUCGCCCAGCAUGUGAACACACCUUUCUUCUUGGGAGGUGGUAACUUUGCCGCAGCACCACGCAAGCCGGCACCUAAUGGGGCGCUGCGAGAGAUUGUUGCCGUCAUCGACAACCGCCAGAUCGACUUUGACAAGCCUGAAGAAGGUGCCGAAGCUAAGCCUAUCGCUGGUCGAAACGGCAAGCGAUACAAGAACCGCCGCUAUGUUUUUGACCACGUGUUCCGCAUGGAGUCGACACAAGACGAGGUAUACGAGAACACGGCCAAGCCUCUCCUCGAUGGUGUCCUGAAGGGCUACAAUGCCACAGUGUUUGCAUACGGCGCCACCGGCUGCGGCAAAACCCACACGAUCAGCGGUAACAAGGACGAACCAGGAAUCAUCGUCCGCACCAUGAGUGACCUGUUUGACCGCAUCGAGGAGUCCAAGGACAAGUUUGAGACCCACAUUGAGAUGACCAUGAUUGAGCUCUACAACGAGCAAAUCCGUGAUCUUCUCAGCGACAACUUUCCUGUGUGCCCAACCGGGGGUCUCAAGCUUCUCGAAAACGAAAAGGAGCGGGUCACGAUUGCCGAUGUCUCCAUGCGCCAGCCCAAGUCGGUCGAUGAGGUCAUGGACCUGGUCAUGCUCGGCAAUGAACGCCGCAGCACGUCGUCCACCCAUGCCAACAACCAGUCGUCUCGCUCCCACGCCGUUUUGCAAAUCAGCGUGACACGAAGCAGCAAGGUCGCCGACGUUGACAUGGAGGGGGAGAGGGUCCUCACCGACACUUCCCAAGCGACACUUUCGAUUGUCGACCUUGCCGGAAGCGAGCGCGCCUCGGCUACCCGCAACAUGGGUGCACGUAUGAAGGAGGGUGCCAAGAUCAACCAGUCCCUUCUCGCUCUGAGUAGCUGUAUCAGCGCUCUGUGUGGAGCUCAAAAAUCUGGAGCUCGUCCACACGUCCCAUACCGCAACUCGAAGCUUACUCGACUGCUCAAGUUUUCGCUCGGCGGCAACUGUCGCACCGUCAUGAUUGUCUGUGUCUCGCCCAGCUCAAGAGACAUGGAAGACACCAGCAACACCCUUACGUGGGCCAACAAGGCCAAGGACGUCAAGAUGCGCGUCUCACGCAACGUCGGUGGUCGUGAGGUCUCAGCACGGCAGUACCUCGAAAAGAUUACCCAGCAGGGCAUCGCUAUCCGCCUUCUCGAGAAGGAGCUUGAAAAGCUCCAGGCUGAAAAGGACAUUUACAAGCUCUCCAAGCUUGUGGACGGCCAGAAGAAGGUGUCAGAAGCUAUGCGGAUGGUCACAGGCAAGGUGGACGAGGGUCUGCCGGGCAUCAAGGAAGGCGCCGAGCAACGUGCUCGCUGGGACGUUGCCGAGUUGGGUGCCACUGCCCUUGAAGUCCGCCGCAAUCAGAUUGACGAGGACAGCAACAUUGUCGACUCCGGUGUGGAGAAGGCGUACUGCGACCACCUCAUUGGCCUGCACCGCAAGGCCUACGCCAACAAUCGUUCAGUCCAGUUCAAAGUCCGCCGCGAGGCCGAGCUUGCGUCCGGAAUCGACACGUCCCUCAAGCAGACUGAAUUCAAGUCCUUCCCCGACAUGGACGAGGUCAACAUUCAAAACCUCCGGCUCCAGGUCGAGCUGCAGCGCAUGCGUGUUGCUUUGGCUGUGGCGGAAUCACGCGAAGCGAGCUACCGUGCUGCCGCUGCCUGCGGUCAAGAGACACUUGCCCAGCUUGCCAGCAUCUUUGCCCGCGUCCACGCUUUGGGCAAGCAGCGCGAUGCUGGCGUGGAUCAAAUGGUCGUCUCUGGAACCGUUACCCCGUCAAAUGUUCAGCAAAUUAUGCUUCCCAUCCAGGACGGCAUGGAGCUCUGCCACGACGAAGUGGCCGAAGCAUUUGCUGCCUUUACCCGCACCGACGCCAUUCCCUCCCAGCCCAUGCGCCCACCUACCGAUCUCACGUCGCCCAUCGCCCCGACCGCUGUACUUCCAGCUGCUGUAUCGUCACCGUCACCAAAGAAGUCUCCUGCCGUCAAGCGUAUCAUGCAAGCUACCGGAAAGAAGGGCGGUUAUGUCGUUGGCGCACCCCCUUCUCCCCGUGCCAAGCCUGCUGUCAAGGCAUUGCGUGCAACGGCCGGCAAAGUGUUCCGCUUUGCUGACGAGGCCGGUGAGGGUGAGCUUCAGACCGUUCGCACUUUCCGACCCAGGUCCUCGCAGUCUUCUAGCUUUGACCUCAGUCUUGCGGAACCUGACGACAACUCGGCAGAUUGGGAGGAGAUGCAGGACGAUGUUGCACCACUUCCUUCCAUGCGUGGUGGACUGCGCAUCGUCUCGCUCCCCAUGCCCUCGAUCCCCGCUCCGUUCAAGGUCGGCGGCGCCACGACCCCACCCCUCCCAAUCCUCUCGGCGUCGACGACUGACGUCCCCACUGUCCCAGCCCCGGUACCUGCUCCAGAAGAUAUUGCAAACAUGCCCGAAUGGAAGAAGAACCGCAUCCUCCUAGGCAAGACCGGUACUACUCCAAGCUCUCCGUCCAAGAAUGUCGGCGCCCAGUCUGCACCCAAGGCUGCUCUUGCCGGCCUGGGCAAUCCUUCGCGUCCUGCCCGGCCCUCGCUUGGCGAGCUGCGCCAGAUUCCUCCCAGGCCUCGGUCGUCCCUCUUCAACUCGACCCUCGGCAAGUCUACUAGCCCCGUCAAGCCCGCGUCUCCUGCUUCAGCCCCUGUAGCUGGCGCCCGCAGGCUGUCUGUAUCCCGCCGCGACCGUAACAAGCUCCACAGUGGAGCUGUGCCAUACAAGCGCAAGCCGUCGCUCAUCCCGUCGCCUGCCGCCUCGCCCAACAGUUCGCCACGCAACCCGAGUGGUGGAGCCAUGGACACGUCCUCGCUGGGCAGCAGCACCACCAACCGCACACUCGGACGACCGGUGCGCAUGCGUAGCUCGACGAUGGACCCGGGCAACACGAGUGUGGGCAACACGAGCUUGGGCAACACGAGCCUCGAGAUGCUGCCAUCAGGCAUGAAGAGGCUGCGCCACUCCACUUCAACCAACCAGCUGCCCGGCGGCGGCAGUCUCCGUCCGCGGGCGUCGAUCUCUCAAUUGAACGCGGCGGCGGCGGCGGCAGCGGCUGGGGGCAGUGGGCGCCCGGCCUGGAGGUAG